CUUGCCGGUGCCCCGGUUAAGCUAACGCGAACUAUUUCAAUCGACAUAAAUGUUACGUUGAAAGUGACAAUUGUCACAAACCAUUUAAUGAGACUAUAUAAUAAAUUAACGUAUGUCAUAAAUGGUUCCGUAGUGUUGAAAUGUGACCUCACACACAAGAAUGAAGAUUCCGAAGACUUCAUUGUGUCCCAAUAAAUUCACGAGAUUUAAGUUAUAAAGAAGAUAAAACAAAAGAAAUAGCAAGAAAACUUAAUGGCGUACCCAAUAGACGUACAAACGACGCGACCAACGCAGAAAAUGUCGAGGAAUUCAAAUCCUUACCAUAUAAAGAGACCAAUGAAUGCAUUCAUGGUGUGGUCGAGACUGCAAAGAAAGAAGAUAUCGAUGAUGAAUCCGAAACUACACAAUUCAGAGAUAUCAAAGAGACUUGGCCUCGAAUGGAAGAGUUUAGACGAAAUGGAGAAGAGACCGUUUAUAGAUGAGGCGAAGAGGUUAAGGUUGAAGCACAUGCACGAUUACCCGGACUAUAAAUAUCGUCCCCGUCGGAAGAACAGAUUAGAGACUACGUACACUAACCCUACAAUAUACAGUAGAGAUGCAUUCCUAGAGAUAGAGCCUAGAGCUGAUCAAAAUUAUCAAAUUCCCGUCAAUUACACCGAACAUCAGUUUAUGUAUAAUAAUAUGAUGAGUUACCCCGUGCCAACGAUUUCUCAGACGUCCUUUGUGCCGACAACAAUCAGGCCGAAAGAAGAUGCCCUACCCAGUUUGGAUUUAAGGCCCUUACCCUCUAUAGAAAGCAUUUCCCCGAGGCCCUUUGCUGUCGUCAAUCAGCAGAUGAUGGUGAAGGCUUAUCAGGACUUACAUUACGUGCCCGGUGACGUCACUAGAAUUUCAUAUCAUUAUCCGUUUGGUGUUCAAUAAUGAUGAAUUAGUUAUGUUCACUUUCGCCUUAAACAAUUUAUAAUAGUCGAAAAAAUAAAUAUAUGUAUCAUCAUCAGCUCACUAUACGUCCCCACCGAGGGGC